CUUCUCCGCCGUUCUUCAUCUUCGCUUCCCUCCUCUUCCGCCAUUCACUCCGUCUUGUUCAGGUAAGGUCUUCUCUGUACUUGGCAUCGCCAAUCCGCCAUUCACUCCGUCUUCUUUCGGACGCAACCUUGCUCCCAGCGACUGGCGUCCACUCUACCCCAACCCUGCCGCGCCGAUCCGCCUUCUUUCAUUCCCUAGAGGUACCAGUGAACCGCUGACGGUGUUCCACCAUUAGAGAUUGUUUGGACCUAAGAUUGGUUCAGUAAUGGAUCGGGAUGCGUCUUUUCUGUUUGCUGGCACAUAUUUCAAUCGCAAGAAGUUCACGGAUGUUUUUGAUAGAUUCAAGGAGAAAAAAGAAAGUGAUGAAUCAUCAGAGAAGUUGAGUUUGAUUGACAAUGGGAGUCCUAAGCAGGACGAGCAUCCAUCAAAUUUGGUUAGUAAGAAAAGGAAGAGAAAGCAAGCAUUUUCAGACCCAGUUGAAGGAUUCAACGUCUUCACAAGUUCCAAAGCAAAAACCAAAGCUGAUGGAGAAGGAGAGGAACAUAUUGGAGGUGAAAUUUUGGAGGGAAAGAAGGAAUAUUAUAGGCAAUUGGAGAGGGAUGCAAUUUUCCGUAAGAAACACAAUAUCCAUGUUUCUGGGAGUAGUGUUCCUUCAUGCAUACAGAGCUUUACAGAGUUAAGAUCAAGGUUUGGAUGUAAAUCUUACCUCUUACGCAAUUUGGCAAAACUAGGAUUUAAAGAGCCAACACCCAUCCAAAGGCAGGCUAUCCCACUCAUCCUAGCUGGACGGGAAUGUUUUGCGUGUGCACCAACUGGUUCAGGAAAAACAUUUGCCUUUGUUUGCCCAAUACUUAUGAAGUUGAAGCACACUUCCAAAGAUGGUGUCCGAGCUGUAAUUCUUUGCCCCACGAGAGAGUUAGCUGCUCAAACAGCAAGAGAAUGCAAGAAACUGGCCAGAAAGGAAUUCCAUAUCAAAUUGAUGACAAAACAAUUUACAAAAAGUGCCGACUUUUCAACAAUGCAUUGUGAUAUACUCAUAUCCACACCAUUUCGGUUGCAAUCUGCUAUUAAGAAAAGAAAGCUUGAUCUAAGCAGGGCUGAAUUUCUAGUUUUGGACGAAGCUGAUAAGCUUUUUGAGCUGGGAUUGAUGGAUCAGGUUGAUUUUGUGUUCAAAGCUUGCUCAAAUCCUUCAAUUUUGCAUUUAUUGUUCAGUGCCACUUUACCGGAUGAGGUUGAAACCAUUGCACGAACAAUCAUGCAUGAUGCAGUUCGAGUUAUCAUAGGGCGGAAAAAUUCUGCAUCUGAAACAAUUAAGCAGAAACUGGUGUUUGUAGGGAGUGAAGAGGGAAAACUUCUCGCUCUUCGUCAAACAUUUUCAGAGAGUUUAAACCCACCCAUUCUAUUAUUCGUUCAAAACAAAGAGAGAGCUAAGCAGCUGUACAAUGAGGUGAAGUUUGAUGAUAUUCGAGCUGAUGUAAUACAUUCGGAUCUCUCCCCAAAACAGAGAGAAAAUGCUGUUGAUAACUUCAGAGCCGGGAAAACAUGGGUCUUAAUUGCAACUGAUGUUCUUGCCCGUGGUAUGGAUUUCAAAGGGGUCAACUGUGUCAUCAACUACGAUUUCCCAGAUUCUGCUGCAGCAUACAUUCACAGAAUUGGGCGAUCUGGGAGAGCAGGAAGGAGUGGAGAGGCUGUUACCUUUUACACUGAAACUGAUGUUCAGUUUUUGCGGAACAUAGCUAAUGUUAUUACUGCAUCGGGAGGUGAGGUUCCUGAUUGGAUUAUGUCUUUAUCCAAGAAAAAAUGGAGGAGGCACAGACCACAAAGAGAAGCGAUCUCUGCACAACCUGAAGAUUGACCUAAAUUUAGCCCCAAGUUUUCCGUGGAAGAUUUUUGCUUUUUUAUUUUUGCCUUAAAAAAACUUGUGGUAUUCACCAAAGACAAUACAUGAGAACUGCUCUUUUUGAAGUUUACAUCGAGCAGCUAUGCAGAUAUAUCAGCAGUUUGCUUUGUUCUCAUCUCUGCGUUAAGCUCUUAUUAUUGAUAGAAAUGUGAUUUCCAAUUUGUUGAAGGAUUGAAAAAACAUUUUAUUUCACAUUAGAAAUUGUUUUUUUAGUUUUGGAAAACCUGCUGAGGUUGACACUUGACAUAUAAUCUGACUGAAGUUGAGAGAUAUGAGCUGUUCUAUAGUUGAAACAGGG